AUGAAGAAUUUCUCGUCUUCUUUGAAUGGAUGGAUAAAUACCACCGAACGCGAUGUCCAGCUUUUCUUGGAAAAUGGAACAGUUAUCAACGCUGAAACUGUAAUCAGACUAUUAAUAAGCGCCUUGGUGGCCAUUGCUUCUUUGGUUGGCAACGUGAGCGUUAUCGUCGUAGUUUUUAAAACCAAAAUACUUCACACCAACACUUUUUUCCUGAUAGUUAACAUGAGUGUCAGUGACUUAUUUUACACGGUAAUCGCCACACCUUCAUUCAUGACUGGCAUUUUAGGACACACACUCUCAAUCAAAGGUCACUGGGGAACAUUCAUUUGCAAAUUUUUCAACGCUGCGUCGUUUGGACUAAUAGCUAGCUCAGUAUUAUCCUUAGCUGCUAUUUCAUGCGAUCGUUUCUUUGCUAUUGUAUAUCCAGUGAAGGGUAUCAACACAAAGAAUUAUCUGAAGUCCAUUGUUAUAUCAAUUUGGGUUUCCUCUGUAUUGGUCAUGACACCGAUGUUAUACGCAAUGAGACUAGGAGAGAAAGAUGGCUUCGUCUUCUGUUACGAAGACUGGUCUCCUUACUUUAACUCAGACACUGCAUCAAAAGGGUAUACCGUUGCUUUGUUCAUUGUCGUUUAUAUGGUUCCUUUUACCGCUAUGUUAAUUUUCUACUCCCUGAUAUCCUAUUUUCUAUGGUUUCGUAAGACACCUGGCGUUAGUAGCAGCAAAUCGGGAAAGCCAUGUAAAACGAUGAAUCGCCAUAGGAUUGUUCGAAUGCUUUUAACUCUCGUCUUAUUUUUCAUUAUAUGUUGGUUACCCCUUCAAAUUGUCACUUUUUCCUACUUCUUCGGUGAUAGUGAGUUACCGGAGGGAUUUUUCUUUGCAAGUGAGCUUUUAAUUCGGGCAAACGGGGCAGUAAAUCCUAUAAUUUAUACAUUAUUUAGUGGAAGAUUCCGCGGAGGCCUCAAGUCACUUCGAUUCUGUACUAUUCAGCCUAAACGCCCAUACUCGACCAGAAACUCUCUUCCAGUUACUCCAAACAGUAAAGAUUCCAAUAACCAUAUACGCGUAGCAAAACACCCAGGAGCAAAACGAAAACAAUUUUAUCAAGAAACACACGUUUAG